GCCAAAGAAUACUUCACAGUUCGCUCAACCGACACCGAGUGGGGGACGGACCCGACGUCCUUGACAAUUUGGUUUAGUUUACGCGUUUAUUCCGAAGGAAUCUCGUUUCAAAGAUUACAUUUUACUAUGCACACAUUUAUGUUUUAGAAUAUAUUACUACACAAUAUAAACACGAGUGGCCACAUGGUUGACCUACGUCUGCAACUAGAUAUUUUUUGCUUUUAAUAGGUACCGACGUAACCGUCAGUGAUGCGUCCGUCUUGUGUGAUCGUAAUCGCCGAGUGCGCAGGUCGAUGUUGUCGCAAAACGGAAAUUUUCAAAUGCGUACCUAGUACCUAAGUCUGAGUACGAACGACAAGCGUAAAUUUUCGAAAAUUACAUGCUAAAUAUUGUGUUAAAGUUUCAGAAAGCGCUAUCGCCACUGCCGCCGAUCAUGGAAAAUUGGAAAAUCGUGACAGCCGCGGUGGCCGUUUUCGCUUUUUCGUUGGAAUUUCGACCGAUGGAUUCGUUUCUAACGGCCUACUUGACCAGUCCCGAAAUCCACGCCACUCUAUCUGAGGUAAUGUCGCAAUAUAUAAUGUACCUAUAGCAUUUUUUUUUUUUUAGAAAAAGCCGUUCGGCUUUAAUAUUUUCUAUUUUCGUAUUACAUUCGAUGAUGGAGUUUGAAUAAUAUUAGUUAAAAAUCGUAAUAUAAGUCAUGUCACGCAUCACUGUAAUUUCCCAAUGUAACUAACUUUUGAGAGUCGUACAUUGUUCAUUAAAACUUUGUGACUUUAACGAGUACCGACACCGACUUCAAAUUAUAUGUAACCAAUAGGAACUGAUCAGUUGUAUAGUUUUUAUAAUUAUUCUGAAUAUAAUAUAAAUUGAUAUACUCGUAGGUGCAUUUAUAAUAUCAACAACUGAGCUAAGGUCGUAAGUGGUUUACGGGGUUUCUAAAUAAUCAUAGUUUAUUUUUGUAUAUUGGAGGUACACAUUAUUACGUAACAUUAACUUUUGAAGCAUAGGUGUUGAUAAGUUAUCAUUUGUCAUUGUUUUACGAUAUUGAUAUAAAGUUUAAAUUCACCUAAAAGUCUUCCCGAAGUCUUGCGAAUUGUAAUAAAAUAUACAAAAUUUUCUGCGAGAAAGUUUCUAUUAAUUGUUUAAUUGGAUCGUGACUUUUCGUCGAAAAGUCGUUUACAGAUAGAAAACAAUACAAAAUACAAGAAUUAUUUUUACUGACUUUUGAUAUCGUUGUGUGACAGUAAAAUAUUCAAUUCAGCGGACUCAAGUAAGUUUAAGGGAAACGUGUACAUCGUCAAACUAAUUUUGAAGGGGUCGAACCCUCUGGCUACGUGCCUGUUACCCCAGUAAAUAUAAAGCGAGGGAACGGAAAAGCGGUUAUCACUGCAAAACUACAAUUAUAUAUAUUUUAUGAGCCAAGUUAUAAAAUAAUAAUUUGGGAUAAUUUAUUAGACAAUAUUAUUUUGGGUGAUGCCUACAAAAUAUUAUGUAGACGCUUUUGUGAAAUGCAAGAGCCAAAUCAAAUUUGUUUAGUCACACAUUUAUCAUAGCCAAUUAUAUUAUACGUAAUCGACGAUUCUUUCUAAAGUAUAUUUAUUUUUUUUUGUUUGUUUGUAUAAAAAAACGAGAUUAGGGUUUUCAUCGGUAUGUCUAUUCCCCUCAACAAGCAAUAAUGUUAAUUUUUUUAUUUUAUCAAUGAACAGCCAAUUACGUCAUAGAAACAACUACGGUGACGAUUUACGAAAUAUUCACUAAGUUUUAUGAUGAUUAUACACAAAAUAAUAUAGUAACAAUAACAGCUGACUUGUAGCGUCUGCUCGAAAUCACAUUUGAGUUAUUUCGUUGUAUGUAUUUAAGUUUUUUUUCAUACGUUUAAGUUUUGUGGACUACUUUUUUUCCUCGUACUUCACGGUAUAAUGUUCUACAAAAUUGUAAACGACUAUCGUCUAGUCAAAAACGGUUUACGACGGAAACAAUAUGGUUAAGCUGCCAUAUAUUUUGUAAUAAAACAAAUCGUGACAGUUAGGUUAAAAUGAUCAUUGAUCAAUCUGCAAACGCGUAGUCAUAUAUUCUUUUUUGUGUUUUUAAACGCUCUUUGAAAAAUUAUAGAAUCCAUAAUAUUAUAAUAUGUUUUAAGUUUUCCAUAAGAUACCGGUAACAUAGACGACGAUUUUAGUCAUUUUUUCCCUGUCCAACUAGUCAGAAUUACAAAAACAAUUGGAAAUUGCCAUUCGAGAUGUUAUCGGAUCUUCGUCUGUAUAUACUAAAACCGUUAAGACAUCUGAACGCUAUAAAUCUAAAACAACCGAUUUAAAUGUACUAUUAUUUAUACCUACUUUGAAACCGCGAAAAUCGUCGCGUUUCACUAAAUUGCAAACUGCGCUGUCCGGAUGACAAAAAAUCAAUUUUGGCUUAUGCGGCGUGUUGGAUAAAAAAACCCCGUGUUAUACAAAUAACAUUAAAACACCCGAUCGUAUACGACAAAGUGAAAUAUUCUACGUCUGAGACAGAUCGACAUCGUGAUUGUGACUGAGAAAAAUCGAUUUCGUCACGAAUUCAAGACAUAACUAAUAGUAUUCUGUCGUAGAAUAUUAAUGCGCGUUAAAAAAAAAAAAAAAAAACCCCUACGUAAAUACGAAUAAAUUUGCGUGAAUUUAUUGUUACUCGGCGCCGUGCUUUAUUUGAAUAGUUUUAGUUUUGCGGACCGUUUAUUAUAUCGACGUUCAUAUUGAAAUAAAAAUAUCUAUCUCUUCUAUCGUUUCAUUUUUUUCUUGUUGAACAGAAAGAGUUUCUCAAACAGAAUAUUGCUGUUAAAAUAAUAAUGCUCGAUGGACAAAAAUAUUUAAUAUAUUUCGCAUGUUAUACAAAAACGUAUACUGUUUUGCAAUGUUUUUAACGCACGAUGUGCAAUGAAUUUGUAAUAUAUUUUUAACGCCAAAUAAAAUCUAGGUGUUUAUUUUUUUAUCGAAAUAUCCCCGAAAAUAGGAACUAUUGCACCAUAUCAUGUCUGUUAUAUAUAUAUAUAUAUAUAUAUUUAAAUAUUAUAUUUAUUAUAUUUAUGUUUUUACAUUUUUGGUAGCUCUUUCUGUAUUAAAGUGCUCAAAUCAGAAAAAUUUAAGAAUUUUUUUAGGUGGAUUGAGUUGAUAAAAUAUUGGUUGAAUUUCAACACAAACUUCAUCAUAUUUUUACGGUAAUAAAGUGUUUUUUUUAACGUUAACCCUACAGAUCACCCAAAUAAAUACGAGGGAUGAAAUUUUGUGUAUGUAUUUACUCAGAUUUCAUAUUUAUGAAAGAGAGUUCUAUAUACACGUGCAGACUCAAGUAAUAGCAAAUAACUUGGUUAAAAAAUAUGUAAAUAAAAAGAAUCGUUGUCGACAAUGUGUCUUGAGAAAGUUUGAAUUUCCGAAUCCCAACCAUACCCUCUGUUUGUAAUACAAGAUAUACAAACUUUGUUUAUCUUACCAAAAGUUUUUAGAACUACUUAACCUAUUUUGAAAAAAAACUUUUUUAUUCCAAUUCUUAUCAUUACAAAAAAACAAAUAAUAAUAAUAAUAAACAUGAAAUAUUGUUACAGCAACAAGUUAGCUAGGGGAAAUGUUGGUUUAAAAAAGCAGUAUAAUUUUGUAAAUUUAACUCAUUUCCAAUUUAGACUUACAAAAAAAAUGGACCAAUAUAACAGAAAGAAAGAGCUUCAGAGAUCAACAUUUUUAGAAAAAGCUAACAGUUUAAAUUUUCAAAUCCUAAAUAAUCUAAAUAAAUAGAUAUAAUUGGCGAAUAUUGGCUAUUCCUUUCCAAAAUUAUUUGUACUGGCUAACUCAUUGGCGUAACCAGAGAAGUUUUAACCCCCACCCCCUCAAAGUAGAGUUUUUUUUAUGAAUUACACGUACUUUAUAGUUGCAUAAUUUACACCUUCUAAAACUUUAAACAUUACAUUGUAAUUUUGAGUAUAUUUGCACAUAAACUAUUAAAUAAUUUAUUAUUCUAAAAAUAAGUUCAGCAAUUUAUAUGAAUUUCGUACUACCUUUUCCCUUCUCCCCAAAAAUGAAUCCUGGUUUUACCACUAGAGCAACUUAAGGUAGGGUAUGAAGGACGCGUAAUCUAUAUAUAAUUUACUCGCCAUCAUUUACUCAUAUCAUUCUCAAUUGCAACCAAUCACCUUUAACUGCCUAUAUUCAUCAAUGUUUGUUAUCAUUACAAUUCUUAGUGUUUAUGAUUUUUUUCUUCCCAUGACAUGCCCAAACCAUCUCGUUCAGUCUAUUUACUCUUUCUAUCAAAACCACGCAUCAGCUGCAUAUUAUAAUUCCUUAUCCUAUCUUUUCUCGUCACUCCACUCAUCCACCUAAGCUUUCUUAUCUCUCUUAUCGCCCAAUACUCCGAACCAUACAAAAUAGCCUGUCCCAUCACACUCUAAUAGAACUUAACUUCAUCCGACAAAAAAUAAAUCUAUUUAUAAUCUAACGUUAAGUCCAUAGUUAUUAACAUAAUAUUUUUGUUUUUUUUUUUUUAUAAUUACUUUUCUUGCAUCAAGCCACAUAUAUUUUAAAACGAUAAAACAACCGAAAAUAAAAUAACGUUAUUAUUGUAGAUUUUCCUGUUUUUCAUACAGUUUUCCCUGAUUAUUAAGAAAACUACAAGGAAAAUAAAAAAAAAAGAUACGGACAUACUUUGCACGGUGGAUGGGCCAGUAUUAUGUAUGAGAAGUUAGGAGGGUAGGAUAUAGGAGAAAAUAGAAUGUAGAUCUGAACACAACGAUUAAUCUUUGCUAACGAAAAACGAUUAUGAACGGGGCUUAGUUACACAUGUUUUGAAAGACCGUAAAUAUUUAAAAUAUUUACAAAUUGAAAAUAAUACAUUCCAUAAAUUUUCCCGAUUUUCCUGGUUUUUCACAUUUAUUUAAAAAUGAUAUAAAAUAGUACAAAAAAAUAUAAAAUGAUGUAAUUAUGAUAUUUGUAUUGAGAUAAAAAUUUAAUUGUGACGGACGAAUUAGUGAGGGGUUUUUUUUUGAGAUAUCUUAUGGGCUGGCGAAAUAUUUCGUCCCUCUUCUCAAAAACUGAAAUGAUGCCACUGUUCUGGAUCGUCCCUACAUAUAGUAUUAGAAUGGUUCUUAUUUAGAUGAUGACGGAAUUUUCGUUUUUACGCCUCCUAAAAUUUAUUAUUAAAACAAAAGUAAAUAUUAAACCAUAUUUGAGCUUCAUGGGACAAUUUUUAAGUCCCCUUUUUAACGAUGUAAAGUGUCCCAUAUAAAAUACGUGUGUUGUUUUCGUUUAUUCUGAGUUUUGUUUAUACAUAAGGCAUAUAUAGCAAUAUUGGUGACGAAUAAGUCCCUAAUAUGCAUAAUAUAUUAUGGUAUAAGUUAAUAAUAUACUGAAAAUCACGAUAAAUCACUGGAAUCGAAAAAAAAACAUUUGAAGUUCAGCAAACAUGUACGGUAUUAAUACUAGAGUAUAAUAUUAGUCGUGUUUUUUUCACUUACAGUAAAAAAGAAAACAUUAAUAAAUAAAAAAUAUAUUAUAGAUAACUAAUAUAAGUAUUAGUAUAUGCCUUGAUCGAAUGUUUUUUUUUUUAAUUUUUUAAUUUUGACUUAACUUAAUUUCUCUUGAUUUUCACUAUUAAUUAUUUAUUAACCUAAUCUAACCAUAACAGUUUUUCUCGGGAGAAAAUGAUGUACGUAUAAAAAAAAUUAUUUUAUUCCGUUUUCAAUAAAGACACUAACCGUCCAUUACAGAAAACAAUGGCUAAUGAUUUUUUUUUUCGCAAAUUCAUUGAUACUUGAAAACUGUUGAACGUAUACGUAGUAUACCUACUCGCGAUUUAAAAACAAAUUUUAAGAAAGAAAGAAUACGGUGUGUAUGGGAUGUACACUAAAUGAACAUCACUAACUAUAACGCGGAUCACGGAUACAGUGAUUAGUUAUCAGUCUGGUCAUUAUUGUUGUACUUGCAGGUCUCGGACGUAUUGACGCCGAUUAGGAUCCAAUUCGGAGUGAUCGGCACGUUUCUGGUAUUCCUGCUGGCUGACUAUUUACGAUACAAGCCAAUCAUGAUUUUCAACGGUACACUGGGCAUGUUAGCGUACGCCUGUCUAAUGGGCUCUCCAACGAUAUUUCGCUUAAAGGUAUCAUAUAGGUACAGACAUAUUGUUAAUAAAUAAUAAUUAUUAGUUAAUUUUUUUAGUUGUUAGCAAUAUUUGGUUAUUAUGGUAAUAGUUUUAAGAUUUUAUCUAUAAUAUAUAUAUUUUUUUAAACUUCAGGUGUACAAACAUAGAAUAUUUGAGCAAAUUAUACAUUAUUUAGUUUUUCCAAGGUAUAGGUACGCGUAAUUAUUAUUGAAGAUGAUCAAUUCUCGAUAUAAAAAACUUUUUUUCGAAAAAUAAAUUGACAAUUUUCACUAUUUCUGUUUUUUGUUUUUUGUUUUUUUUUUUUUUUGACAAUUUAUGAAACAAGCAGUUCCAGAAUAUUUUAUAACCGUUACAUUUUCUCGCCCUUAUCGUUGUGAGUGAAUCCACACUACCCACGUUUGAUUUUCAAAUAACAACUAAUAUCAAAUAUGCAUGAAAAUCAAAAUGUAUUUAAACUAAAACUUCACCUAUUUAUGAAAUUUGUAAUUUAAGUUGCUGUUUUAAAAUCAAAAAUGAAAACAAAAACAGAAAAUAAUGAUAAUGAUGAUGCAACAUUUCAGAACUGCUUGUUUUUUAAAUUUUCCAAAAUAAUUCCGAAAACAUAUCAAUACAUUCCGAGAUAAUGAUUGCAUUUUUAUCGAUCACACCGUAUGUUCUUAACUCGAUUUAACAUGACCAUAAUAUGAUUUUACUGUUCUGUGUACCUAUAUUAAUUAUGACGUCAUGUACGACAGGUGGUCGAGGUUUGCCUAUCGCUAUUCACGUGUGCCGAGGUGUCGUAUUACGGUUAUCUGUUCGCCAAGAUCAAAGAAAAGGAACAAUAUCAAACAGCGACGGGAUGCGCAAAAGCCGGUAUGCUGAGUGGCAAGUUCGCGUCCGGUAUUCUCGGUCAAGCGGUCGUGUACUUCAAUAACCACGACUACUCCACGCUGCCGUAUUACAGUUUCACUAGUACGGUUUAUUUUUUUUAAAAAUACUAUAAAAUAAACGUCUCCCGUUAUCUAUUCAUAACUAUAAUAGAUACAACGUGUAGCGUGUGUGGCGUUUUGUCUAGAAACUUUAAAAUUUUGCACAGAGAUUCCUUUUAAAACAUAAAAACAGAUAAGAAAGGAUUUUUCAAAAUUCAAGGAGUUAAAAAAGGUUAUCAAAAUUAGUGUGAAGUUCCGUUAAAAAUACGUAUAAUAACCAAAAUCUUCGAGUAAAGAAUCGAUUAAAUAAAUAGUUAACAAAUGAUUGGUAUAUUUCUAAUGCCGUGAAGAUUAGAUAACUUUUAGAGAGCAUAUAUAAGAAGUGUAUAAUCACGGGGGAAAAUCAAUAAUAUACUUUUAAGUUUAUAAUCAAAUAGAAGAAAAGGACUGAUAUUAGUAGAUAUAAAUAAAAAGAUGAUCAAUGACUAUAUACUAUCAAUACUAUCGUAUUAACAUACGAUAUAAUAUAGUACAUGAACAAUAGAUUUUAGUUUUUUAAAUUAAGAAGAAAGGAUGGAAAAUAAAUAUAGCCGAGGUAAUCGUAUUAACUUAGAGUUUUGCAUUGUGAUCGUGUGGAAGAAAAUUUUAAGAUUUAACUGCUGGACUAUGCGUGCACGAAGUCGUGAGUAACAACAAGAAAUAUGUAGAAUUAUAAUAUGUAAUAACAUAUACCUAUUAUCCUGAAGAAGCGCUCGUCGUGUAUGACAAGACAUAAAAACGAAUGUUGGAAGUAUCCAUUAAAAACCAAAAGCGGUUCCUGUAUUAAGGAUGUAAGUCUACAAUAGUUGUAUGUAACACCCCAACCUUUCGGGAAUAACGGUCAUUUAAUCGACAGAUACCUAUUGAAAUCUAACAAAUUUUGUAAAAGGAAUCCAAAAUCUUGAAACUAGCUUAGCUGCAAUUGGAAAAGAAACCCUCCCUUAUUCUUAAACUCAUUCCUAGAUUCGGAAGUCACGAUAAUGUAGUGUGAAUACGAUUUUGGGGCGUUUUAUAUUUUCAUGGGGCGUUGAUGAAGAGAGUUCCAAGUCCGGGAGGAUAUCCUCUUACAGGGUACUUAAGGAUGUCAAUCGAUCGACCGAGGUCGAAUUGUAUUUAAUUAUCAUCGUAAAUUAUGACAAAAUCGUAUAAUAUUAUGUUUUUCUAUACAGGCAUGACUUUUGUAACCGUAUGGGGGUUCUUAUUGCCGUCCGUCAGACACAGCCAAUACUUUCACGCAGAAGAACAAGUGAUUGCUACCACCACCGGAACCGUUGCCGACGAUUCAAGUGCGGAAUAUUUCUCGAAAAAGGCGAUCCAAGACCCGAAUAUUCCCAAAUACAUCGUGGAAAAAGACGACCGGCAACAAAACGUGAGCUUUCUAAAUUUUAUAACUGUUUGCAAAUAUUUAGUAUAAAAUUUGUAUACAAUUUUGCUAAACUUGUAAGGGAUUGAUUUUUGUCUUACAAAAACAAAAAAUUUAUAAAGGAGAAAUACUUUCCAAAUUGAAUGUUAAAAUGUUCUUGCAAGAAAAAAAAACAUGGAAUUUCGUUUCUGGAAGUAUUAGGGCUAGAAAAACAUAGUUAGUUCCAAAAAUAUUCUUAUGCCCGGUACUUAAUAUUUUAAAAAUUACGAUUUGUAAAUCGAAAUUCCCUGAUUUCUUAUUUUUUUCAUGACUAUGUAUAAACCAUAUUUAAAUUACGUUUAGGUGGACCAGACGAUUGCAGUGGCCACAAACCCAUUCAAACGGAUUUAUGAAGACUUCAAAUAUUCAUACAAAGACACAGAGGUUUUGUGGUGGUCUUUCUGGCACAUCGUAGGCCUGUUCGGAUAUGCUCAGGUACAAUUCCUAAUAUUAAUGUGCUCCCACCGAGUAAACACAAUAAAAAUUUCGAUUCUCAAUUUGUAAUGAUUUUUUCCCCAGAUAAUUUUAUAUAUAAACGUUUUGUAUACGUACGAAAUGGACGUGUCGGACGAUAAAAACACAUUGUACAACGGUUUAGUUGAUUCGAUCGCCACAAUGAGCGGUGAGUUUAUUUGUUUCUUUUCAAGUCCGCCUAGAUGAUUAGCGUGAAGACAAGUUUGAUGCAUAUAGUUUUUAAUAAAUACUUAUUUAUAUAUUAUUGACUUCUAAUGUUAAUAUUAUUAUGUUUAUACAGCUGCAAUUUGUGCGUACAAAAUCGGCAAGGCGAACGUCGACUGGACUCGACGUGGUGACAUGUUUUUGGCAAUAAGUUCCUUAACGCUCGGGCUGACCAUGUGCCUUUGUUACUUUUUCAAAAACAUAUUUCUAGUAUACGCCAUGUUUAUCUUCUAUGACACACUGGUGGAAUCCACGUUCGUCAUCGUCAUGUGAGUAUUUCGAUUGUCAAUAUAUGGUUUUUCGUGUUGUUCAGAUCUCGGUCAUCUAGAAAACCGCGACUAUUGCCGCUUUAUCAUUUGCAAGGUUUAAAUUAUGUGUAUCAUAAGUAAACCCUAUAAGAGGCACAGGGAUAACUAGGAGAGGGGGUGUAAAGAAGAACACCCUCCUAGCCCCCCAGUCUCCAAUUUAUUUAGCCCUCCUAAAAAGGCUAGCUGACUACAAAUAACUUCUACUGACUUCUAAUAAUUUCAGAAAAAUUUAAAAAAAGUAUUAUUUUUUUAUACAAAAUAAUAACUUGAUAAAAAUUGAUAUUUUAGAUUCAGAGCGGAGGAAUAUAUUGGGUGUGCUACAAUGAUGUUUGUUUUUUUUUUUAUAUUUUUUCAUAUAAGUAACAGAAAACCAUUCCUUACGAAAAAACGAUUCUGAGCGGAGUUCAGUAGAUAAUGAUGUUUUGUCAACAAUAUAUGUUAUAUUAUAGUAAAAUAAUUAAAUAGGUAUUAUACAUUUUCUUUAAAAAUAUUUGUUUAAUGUUGUACUGAUGUUAUGAAAUGUAUAUGACACGAAAUAAAAAUUAACAUAAAUAGUCAUUAAAUAAACUUUAUUAAAACUAUAGAACGAAGUCCAGCAGCAUCGCCACAUGGACUUCCCUUCAUUUUCUCUUUCUACUCCUUUUAUAAGCGUACAAUAUUAAUAAUUUACCCUACUUCUUAAAUACUACCUAGAUACUAUUUAUUAUUAAAAUUUCUUAAUGCUUACGAACUGUAUUACCAUUACACAGUGUGACAUUGACACUCCACAUAUACUACAAAAGGCUAUCUGAUUAUUAAUUUCAUUUCGGAUAUUUUCUAAUUUUUUCCCCGUUAUUUUUCCAUUUAUUCGGAAAAUUUCUGGGAAAUCUUCAUUUGAGGUACUUUUAGACCUCCCAAAAGUACCACUCCACAGUCAGAUUUCCUUUCGGAAAAAAAGCUUUACUUAAAAAUUGGAGCAAAGUUGCUGGUAGAAUUGUCCAUAGAAAAAAUAAAAAUAAAAAUAUUAUUAUCAUUGUAAAAUUUAAAAUACAUUCAAGGCUCCGAUUAGAACUAAAAAUUAAUAUGUAACCGAGAAGAUAACUGGUGAUGUACUAACAAAAUUCGAAUAACACGUCAUUUGCUAUUUAAGGUUUCCAAGCACUACAUAUUCUAAAAAAUAAAAUUAUAACAUCAAACGAUCCCACAUACAUAUUUCAUUAUCGUUAUCAACAAUUUAUGUACAUUUUGAUCAGGUGACAAAAGCGAUUGCGUACUCUGAAAGCAACCAUUGUAUUAGCGCACACUGCGUAGUGUGCAUUAUUGGGACUUGGCACCGACCUUUGGACAAAAUAUCCAUGCCAAUAAUUUAAAGCCACGGUUCGGAUAAAUCAUCGGGAAAUAUGGUUUAAAUUCAACAACAUUUUCACUGUGUGAACUGUAUACUAUAUAUUAUAUAGUUAGGUAUUAAGUCGUAUAUAUACACAAUCGGCAAGAUAAUUCGCCGUUAAAUGAAUUAAAAUAUACUGAUUCUAAAUAAUAAAGAAUUUUUACUGUUUAAAAUAGUAUCCAGUUCUUAGUACACAAUUAACAAUAAUUGUGCACUGUUGUGCAGUACUGACAACUAUAUUGCUAUAAACGUUUUAAUAAGUACUCUGACCCGUUUUCUCCGUUUCAGAUCGCAAAUCGCCAAAAGACUGAGAAACGACUGUUACACGUUAAUCUUAGGAUUCAACGCGUUCGUGGCCGUCGUGCUCUGCACGUUAUCGUCCACCUUUCUAACGGCAAUCCGAUUAUCUAUACCCGCAAAGGUAACCUAUACCAAAUGACUACAUAAUAGUACUAUAAUAUUGUGACUAAUGCCGAAAUAAAACAUCUUUUCGGCGAAGAGUAUAUAAUCAAUUAAAAGGAAACUAAUUGACUGCCCAUGGCACGCACAAAAAUCGAAUUGCAAUAUAAUAGACGCUCUUAAAUGGAAAUCGAAAGGUAAAAGACUACAGUAAAAAAGAAUAGAUAAAUACGCAAAACCAUGAUAUCCCAGAUACUUUAUUCGAUAAUUCGAAAGAAACGGCAAGCAAUAAAAUAAAGGUCCUUCGCCUUCAAUAUAUCCAGGUACACGUUUUUAUGCGAUGAUCCCGCGAUAGGAAUUAAUGUACACUUCUGCCCUUUCCACUUGUGUGCUUCACAUUAAUUACAAUUUACUUUCUGAAACCAAGUGAUGACUAGUUCGUAAGAUUGAAUGAUGAUGUUCUUGAAAAUUUAAGUAAAAAUAUAAACACGAUAUGAAAGCAUGUGGAGUAAAUGGGCGAGAAUUCAUAAUAGAAUAUGGAUAAGCAUUUUAAUAGCAAGGAUAAAAGUAACCGACCGAAAUUAUUCUUGGUUUUAAGAUAAACUAGAAUUCGCUGUGUAAGUCAACUCAGGUUAACUAUACGCACUAUACAAUGGAUAAUACUGUACCUACAUAAUAUAGUACUUUAUGGUAGUGUUAACAUAAUGGUGAUCGGAAUUAAACCUGGUGUUAUAUAGGUACUGACUUGUUGGGUGUUGUUACAGUUUUUGGCGUACGGCGGUACAUACGUGACUCUCGGUAUCAUUUACGGGUGUGCAGCCGUUUACAAGCGAAACACUGCGGUCGUUGUGUCCAGAAGACGCUUUCAUCGGAUACCCUGAUUGUCACGGGUCAACCGAAAACUACACCUUCAGUCUCCGUGUCGUAAUAAUAAUAUAUUAUACUGCGUGACGUGCGUAUAUCUACAAAUAGUACAAAUUCAAUAUAUAAAAUAUACCGCUUCUUUCAAUAUUUCCGUCUGUGUUUUCAAAUCACCUUCUAAACGCUCCUUUUACUCGUUUUCUGAGCUAUGCUAAUGAAGAAUUAUCGUUUAUGUUUUAAUUUAAUUAAUUAGUUAACAAUUAAAUUGUCUUAAGCAUUUGUCUUUUAGUUUUUUGAAUUCUGAACGGAGCGAGGAAUGUAUUUAUUAUUUUUUUUUUUUUAUUGCUUUCUUGGGUAUAAUUCUCAAUAUUUUUAAUAUGUUACUGUGUGUUAUAUAUGAU